UGCUAACCUUCAUGAAGUGUUCAGCACCGAUUCUGAAUCAUCUCACUGCCAACCCAACGCCCUGAACCUCAGCAUCUUCUUCCCACUUAUCUGUGUACUCAUAUAUGCACAGCGUGGAACAUAGCCACUUAUCCUUCAGUACCCAGGAAGUUGAGACGCUUCCGCUGCACCAGUCAAGGAUCCGCCAAUCUAGUCUGCCGAAGUCGGCUCAAAGUGUUGAAGAUCUCCAUCUUGACAGCUACCCGAAGUGCGGGAGUGCAGAAGUGCAUCAAAUCACUUCGAGCACUCACUAACUACAGUGAUUCGAGACUGACGAUUUCAUCGUAAGAUAGGCAUCGUUGACUACUUUCUCCAGGUUUGGGACAGCUCGAUCGUAUCGCCAUACCUCUCAAAUACUCAUCAACAUGGCAUCACCCAGCGAACCGUCAUCAUCGAAGAGAAGACUCGGAAGGAGACGACUGCCACCUCUCGAACCUGGACCUGCCCUUCAAUUCGUCGUUGCCAACCACCCGGAUCAGUUCAAGGCUGGAAAGACGAUGCGUCAUGUUCGAUCGCAUGUCAUGUACAAACACCGAAUCGAGCGAAAGACAACGUCGAACGACAGGACGAGCACAAGCCUGCACAGGAGUGCAUCAGCAUGUGCAUCGAGCACGCCAAGUCCGGCUAUGACCAGCUCGGAUGCAUCUGCCAGUGAUGUCGACUUUCUUGCACCUCUGCUGUCGAGGCCUCGCAGUAGUACUUGGACCGGAGCUCCACCCGAAUACACAUCUUACGCCCCUUGGCCAUCUACACUGCGAACUCUGAUUCAUCACAUCCUUUCUUCGACCCAUGGAGCGUAUGCUAGAAGCGCCCCCCCGGUCUUUGAAGAUGCCCCGGCAUUCCCCUUUCCAGGCUUGUAUGGCACACACAGUGAUCCUCUUGAUGAUCUGAAACAACAGUACAUCGACAGCUCUGCCUUAUUCUGUCAAGACAAACCAUGGAUGCAAACCAUCUGCGCCGACCACAUGUCGUUUCUGAGCCAUGUCAGCGUGUCAUCGGUCUAUCGGGAUUUAGCGGACGGCCUCUGGCAAGACAGCAGUACAACCGUGCGGGCCAAAACUCAAGUCCUUAGCAUGAUCGCAGGCCGACUUGAGACGAACGAUGCUACUAUCCUGAGCAUUCUGCACUUGCUGCUAAGUGAGACUGGAGGUGACGAGUCUGCGUUUCAAGUACAUUAUCAAGGACUACAAGGCCUCAUACAUAGGAGAGGCGGUAUGGGCCAGCUGCCGCACCAAGUGGCAACCUACGUGACUCUGCUUCUGACGACCCUGGCUAUGCUCAAGGGACUUCGCGAAUUAGCCACAUCGCCUGCACCCAGUCCUGUGUCGCAAAACACCCGAGAGCCCUAUCCUUACAUCUCACCAUUGUAUGCACCCCAUGGAAACUUCAUUCGGUUCCGCAGUAGCUGCUCUGUACGGACGCUGGACAUCAUCAACGACAUGUACACACUCACUGGUGAUUUCGUACAUGGAAGAGACAGCAACAGUGCUUUCAUUCCGACUCGUUAUCAUCGCCAAAUAUACGAACGUCUCCUUCCCUAUCCAUCAAUGCAGGACUCUCCGACACCAGAUUGGCUGCACGAAAGUGUCCGCCUAGCAGCACUAGUAUACACCCACGCUAUCCUCCACCAAACCACAUUCACCAACUCUGCAAACACGAUAUACCAAGACCCCACCAUGGAGAAUACUACUCUUAUCUUUCCUCUACUCGAAGCUGUAGAGCACACAGAUACUACCAACUCCUGGGGUGACAUGCGUGGAGUCUUUCUCUGGGUGUGUCUGAUCGGUGGAGCAGCAUCUUGGGCGUCAGGCGAGCAAAGAAAAAUACAGCAUGUCUCGCAACCGAUGGCUUGGGCAAGAAAAUGCUUCUCACUGUCGGCAAUUAAAGCGGUGGUCUCGGUCGGUCUUGAGUAUGCGGAUGGGAUGAUGGAGACCUCGAGGACGGGGCUGCGAGUGAGAUAUCUGCUAGAAGGAGCUGGUGCAUGAUCAGUAGAUCCUGAAUGCAGGCCAGCCUUUGUGCAUGCUACGUUGUGUUAUAAGCAGAUUACCUGCUCUGUAAGGGCUGCUGGACAGCCAUGCAAUAGUAACACUUCAC